AUGGUCACUUCACUUAUCACCACAAUUAGAACCAUUAAGAGCGAAGAUGGCGAUAUCAUCGACUGCGUGGACAUGUUCAAGCAGCCUGCCUUUGAUCAUCCGGCUUUAAAGGGCCACAAAAUCCAGUUGAAUCCCAGUGAGGAAAUGCAUGAGGAAAGAAGUCAAGAUCCUGCAGCAACAAUACCAGCACAAAUAUGGCGGAGAAGGGGAAGUUGUCCGAAGGGCACCAUCCCCAUCCGGCGAAUGAAAAAGAUUAAUACACCGUCCAAAGCUAGGACAGAGACGAAAGUUUGGAAGUUCGACAAGUCGUUGAAUGAAAGCAAGGAAUUGUAUCUUAUGCAAAAGAACCACUCGGUGGCAAUCUUGCACACAGAGGGAUACGCAUAUUUUGGGGCGAAAGGAGACAUAAAGGUAUGGAAUCCCAAGGUGGAGUGGGACGACGAGUACAGCACGUCUCGUGUGGCGUUAACCAACCACUAUCAAAUGGUCCAAUCCGGGUGGGCUGUAAGUUUACUUGUAAUUAUUCUUUCAUCUACGAUCAUCAUAUAUAUAUAUAUACAGACCCGAGUGUUUGUGUAUUGGACUGCAGAUGAUUCGAACCAAACAGGAUGCUUUGACCUGACGUGCCCCGGAUUUAUUCAGACAAGCAACGAAAUAGCACUUGGCGCUGCACUAUAUCCCGUCUCCAGCCCAACCGGACUUCCAUCUCAAAUCACCAUUUACAUCCACAAGGAUCUCACGACAAGCAACUGGUGGGUGCAAUACGGCGAAAAAACCAACAUUGGGUAUUUUCCGGCCGAACUAAUGGACAUGUUGAAGCACAACGCUGAAGUCGCGCAAUGGGGCGGGGAAGUUUAUAGCUCGAGGGUGGGUGGGGCGGGUGGGGUCCCACAUACGGCGACAGCUAUGGGGAGUGGCCGGUUUGCGGACUUCAUUUUCGCAACGUCGGGAUGUGUGAAGAGGAUGAGAGAGCUGAGGGGCAAUGGGGAGUUGGUGAGGCCAGAAUGGGUGAAUGCAUACUCGGAUGAAUCCUGA